GGCGAAUGUGCUUACCAACUUCCUUGUGAAGCGCUCGGGCCGAGGAUGGCGGGGUGUGGAUGAGGAGUGAGCAAGAAGACUUGAAAAAUUUGCGUCAUGGAUGAUCAGCCUCCCUUUUGUCAGAUCAGCAAAGAUCAAUGCAGUGAGCUGAAGGAACUAACAACGAGAAAUGAAUUUCUGGACGCUGGAAACACAAACACUUCAUCCUUUGAAGAUGUUUUUUUUCAGGAUUUGGAUGUCAAAAUUUCCCAAGAAGUUUAUCCUGAACUUCCAGAUGGAUGGAAAAGAAUAGUGAAAGAAAGACGGACUGGAAAGUCAGCAGGAAAAUAUGACAUUUAUCUUAUGAGUCCAGAAGGGAAGAGAUUCCGAUCUUCGAGGGAACUAGAAAAUUACUUCAGACAGAACGUUGGAGAAGCAUGUUUGAAAGCCAAAGAUUUUAACUUCACCUUUUAUUGGCGAAGUAACGUUCAGCAAAAGAGUAAGCCCACUAAACGUGCAAAGACCCUUCGGAAAAGGAAGUCACAGGAUAUCAAAACAUUGGCUAAUAAUGUUCCACAGGCUUCCUCACCUGUGUCACAAAAUGCUGAAGAGGGGGAGAGGCCUGAAACUGAAGCUUCCUGCCAUUUGGUCCAAAGACCUCAGGUGGAAGUUAAAAACGCUUCAAAGCGGAAAUGUCAAAUGCGUAUAAAACCACAAAGCUUGAUCAGACUUAGGAGGAGUUCUAGAAGUGGAUUAUCUGCAGGAGUGGAACAGAAAUUGUGUCCAUCUUCUGAAGAAAAGGAGGGUGAAGAACUAAAAACAAACUCAAAGGAUGACAAGAAGACCAGCAGCAGGAAGUCCUGUCAGCAAGCAGUAGAGAGCAAAAUACUGCUUCCCAACCAACAACCAUUUGAACACAAGGGCAUGCUGGAAGUACAUGAAGAUGAAACUGACAACUGUGCCUCUGAUAUUUCCAACUUUCAGUCACUGCUAAGUGAGAAGAUUGAUGUGGAUAUCAGCAUGUUACCUGACAUGAGCCAUUCACAAGCAUGCCACUCAAACUCAGACUUGGACAGAAGUACAAAGGUUUCUGAUGAGGACCGGUUUACAUUGUUUAAAACACAAGUAAAAAGGAAGGUAGAACGGAGGAAAAGCAGUCCAUACUUUUCUGGGAAGUAUGCCAAAGAAGCUUCUAGUCCUCCACGGCGCAAAGCUUUUGUCAAGUGGACUCCUCCUCGAUCACCUUUUAAACUUAUCCAGGAGACACUCUUUCAUGAUCCUUGGAAGCUUCUUGUUGCAACUAUUUUUCUUAACAGAACCUCUGGCAAGAAGGCUGUUCCUGCACUGUGGGAGUUUCUGGAGAAGUACCCUUCUGCUGAAGUAGCCCAAGCAGCUGACUGGAUGGAAAUGGCAGCACUGCUGAAGCCACUUGGCCUGAAUGAGCUGAGAGCAAAGGCUAUCAUUAGGUUUUCUGACGAGUUCCUCACCAAACAGUGGAGGUACCCAAUUGAACUGCAUGGAAUUGGAAAGUAUGGAAAUGAUUCCUAUAGGAUUUUUUGUGUCAAAGAAUGGAAGGAGGUACAGCCUCAGGAUCACAAACUCAACAAAUACUGGAAGUGGCUUUGGGACAACCAAGAAAUGCUGGGCCUUUCCUAGAAGAGUUUCUCCAGUAAUACAGUGGAUACACGUGCAGUGUGCCGAAAGGUGUUCUCUCCUGAUGAUACUUCCAAAGUGAAGUUUGAUCAGUAGUACAGCCUGGAAGUGGAACAAAUCUUACAACUCCUCUUGUAUUCCAUUAGCAAUUCACUUCCUCUCAGUGCAGGAAGUGGUGCAAAAUCUUGGCAUGCAAGUUAGUGCAGUUUUAACUGUGGCAAGUUAACACAUUUAAAAAUGUAUUGUAAUUAGCCCCAACCAUCCUUAGACAGGUUUCUGAUGGGCCUAUAAGAAAAUCAGCAUUGUAAAACAUUAGGUUAAAUAAUAAGUAGACCUAACAUUAAAUGCAUACUGCUGUAUAUUAGCAACAGGCUACAUGAAGUCACAGCAAAUCACCAUUUUUUCGAUUAAGUUUGCUAUCACUAUUGCAUUAAUAUUGCUGAAGUAUUAUGUUUAUUGAUCUUGGACUUGAAUGAACGACUAAAUAUCCAGAUUUGUCAAUAUCUCUUGGAAUCUUGCAAAUUCCAGUGACAUUGCAUCUUAUCCUUCCACACUCAAACAGUUGUCAUCUGUUAUUUUUUAAGUGGUACUUUAGAGGACAAAUAUCAUCUAGAACAUUUUAAGGAAAUAUUACAUUGGGUACAUAACAUUCAGCGGGGUAUCAGCUUAUACAUGGAAGCAAAGAAUCAGUGGACAGUGGUAGUAUAAUUAAUCUUCAUACAAAUGAGAAAAUGUUUCAGUGGAUGCCAUUUCUCUGGCAUCGUCCUCAUCCUAGCCAAUUUUAUAAUUUUUUAGUGGUCAUUAGCUGUUAACUGAAUAAGGACGAUAAAAGCAAGUACCCUGUUUCAUGUUAGAACACAAACUAUAUCCAGAGAAUAUUAAAAUCAGUAAGGAAGACCAUGAGAAGGCAGAAUUGCUUGCCAUCUGUAUUGCUGUUUUUUUCAGUAUUGGGGAAGCACUCCUUCCACUGUUGCUUGAUGGCAAAAUUAUAGAAUUCCAGGAUUAUUAUGCCCUAAAUUCUUCGUUUUAUAGUGUGGUGGACCUACCUACUGGCAUAUUCCUCCAUCUGAAUACUUCCCACUACACCUAAUGUUAUAUAAUUCCAGUUCCACAGUAACAAUACAUUUGUCAUGGAAUUUUGAUGACAAGCUUGAAGACUGAGGUUUCUACGGUAACUUUGUAAUUGUGCCUAUGCUGAAUUUGUCAUUAUGUGAAAUAGAAAUGAUUUUUAAAAUUUUAUACUUGUUCCAAUGUUGAAUAAAAUAUAAAGAACAGCCAAUUAAUUUGUUAAUUGUUGA